UGUAAAUGCAGAUCACUGUGAUGAAUGGUAGUCAUGGGAAAAGGCUAGACAAGUGGGAAAGCCUUUCCUUGAGUGAUAUAUUGGCAGUAAAGGCUUUCUGUGUCUCUGCCAUCAAAUGUUUCUGGCACUCACUGCUGCUGCAGAAGCUGCCUUGACACUUUCUGUUCUGUCCAGUGAAGAUGCUGUGUGAGGCUGCUUUGAGAUGCUAACAGGCUCAGCCUCGCCUUUCCCCAGAGCUGGGCUCUCCAGAGUCUGCAUUCUGCACCACGGCACUGAUUGCUCCCGGGAGAAGAAGUGGGUGACAGUUGGCGACACAUCCCUAAGGAUUUACAAAUGGGUACCAGUAACAGAGCCUAAAGUGGAUGAUAAAAAUAAGAAUAAGAAAAAGGGCAAAGAUGAAAAAUGUGGCUCUGAAGUGACCACUCCAGAGAACAGCUCCUCCCCAGGGAUGAUGGACAUGCAUGAUGACAAUAGCAACCAGAGUUCAAUAGCUGAUGCUUCUCCAAUAAAACAGGAAAACAGCAGUAAUUCCAGUCCAGCACCAGAGCAGAACUUGGCAACACAAGCAGACGGCACUGAAGUCAAGUCUGACGAAACUCAGGCAGAGGCAAAGGAGCAGCCUGGUUCAGAAGAUACCUCUGAUGAACAGAAUUCACAGUCUUCAAUGGAGAAUUCCAUGAAUAGUUCAGAGAAAGCAGAAAUUCAGUCCUCUGGAGAAAAUGAUUUAAUUACAGAGGCAUCUAAAAACUCUCAGGACUCUGAAGGAGUGCCACCUUCUAAAAAGAUGAAAGUAGAGGCUUCCCAACAAAAUGUUGAAGAGAUUUAGACUAUAGAUUUUUCUGGUCAGUUUUUAUGUAAGGUACAUCAGUGGGCUUAAUUAUAGAACAACCUUACUUAAGCAUCUUCUCUUGGAUGAGGACAGAACUCCUAACUUUUCAAGUUACCAAGCAAAAAUCCAAGAAAGCCUAAUAAAGGUUUAACUUCUCAGACACUGAAAACUUUUUCCUGUGAAACAAACAUUGAGAACUUUUAAGUUACUGUCUCUGAAUUGGUUGGAGUAAACAACUCAGGAGGGGUCUACGCACUGUUUCUAAAGUCAAAAUUACAAUUAUGUUGCUGCUGUAUUUUUUUUUUUUUCAUUUCUCUAUUUAACAUUGUAAGAUAUUUAAGGAUGGUACAGGUCAGGUAUUAGCUUUCAUGUGAAGUUCAUUGUUCUGGCGUGAUGUCUGCUUUUGUUUUGUGCCUUGUGUUCUGAAAACAGUGCUAACUUUUAAAAGUUGUUUUGCAACUGUCUCCUUUGCAAAGUGGCCUAUGUUUGCAUAAUGCCAUGUAGUAAGGCUUUUUUUUUUCCUUUUUUUUUUUUUUGUUUGGGGUUUUUGUUUUGUUUUUAAGUUUUAAAUCCCUGGUGCUUAAAUUUUUAAACAACUACAAAUCAGGAAGCCAUUUUCACUCUUGGAGUCCAAGGAGAAAAAGGAGCUUGAUGUUUUAUUUUAGCAGCUAUAGUGGAGAUCUUUUAUUGAAUGCAUGGCAUUCGCAACUGUAAAUUUGGUCUUCUAAAUACUUAACUUCAUCAGAAGUUAACAUGAUCUGUUUACCAUUUAUAGUCCAGAUCUGAAUAGAUAUUAUAACACAGGCACUUAAAAUACUUACGUAUUAGGUCCAGAUCUCUGUACUGGGUACAACUUGCUUUACAGGAAAGUUCCACUAUGUACAUAAAUAGGAUCAAAGGGAUUGAUGCACAGUGAGUUUGUUUUCAAUUGGUCUUUUUUGAUAUCAUGUUUUCACUGAACUGGAUUUCAUUGUACUGUUUCAUUAUGAGAUGUUUACUUCUAUGUUCCAGGAAGAUACUGUAUUGGGAGGGGGUUUUCCUUAUUCUCUUUCAGCAAGUCUUGUAAAUAAGCCUUGUUGUUUCCAUAGUCCAGUUCCUAACUCCAGUUAGGAAUGUUCCUUCUCUUCCAAUUAACGUUGAAGUGUGCUUAUGCUAAACUAAUGGAAAGGCACAAGGUAGGUGCAGCUCCCCUCAAACUCCUGGCAAGCAGAAGUGUGGAACCAUCUGCAUCAGGUCACGAGGGUCUGGUCUUCCAGUGGUAUUUGUACUUCCAGGGAAUAAACCCUGAUCUCCCACUUCCAUGCACACACAUCCAUCCAUGUGUCCAUCCGUGCUGCUGGAUCGGGCCCUUGCUCUGUCUUCUCCUGGUGUGGGAGAUGGAACUUGCAAUCUGAAAUGCGAUCUCACAGCUCUGGAAAUGGUUAUGUGUAGUUUGUAAGCUGAAAAACUGUAAAUACUUUUUUAGACAAGAGAAGAAAAAAAAAAAAAAAAAAGUUGCUUCCAGUUGAUAACGUUUUUUCAUAAAUUAGGUUUGUGAAGCUUAUAUAGGUCUGAAUUCUCCAAUAGUGAAAAUGGCUUGCACUUAGACUACUGCAUUACGUUUGCAAUUACCACUUUAUUAGGAAAAAUAAUGAGGAACUGGGGGGAGGGAAAAGGGGAGGGAGGAGUGGGGAGCCAAUACUGACCUUCAGUAAGAUGUUUGUAGGAUUGAACCCCAAAUAACCUAUGACACUCAACUUUUCCUUUACGUUGAAAUAAAACAUUUUGGAUUUUAACUGAAUAAAAUUUGAUUGCAAAUCAUUCAUGAAAACAGCGUGCUCCCUAAUAAGAUUUUGGGAUUUCUGGUCUGAUCAUGAAGUCCAUUAACAUUCUGAAAAUAAGGAAAUGAGGAGCCAAAAACUGAAUUUGCACAAUAUAUGCAAUGAAACGGUAGAAUUCUCUCUUGAAUUGUGUGUAUGCCUAAAAUGUGGAUAACUGGUCCAUGCUGAUUGAUUUGUAUGUAUAUUACAUUCAGAUUUAAGUGAUAUUUUGUGAGAAGUUCUAUUGAUAUAUUAAAUGGGCAAAUCUAGAAAGAUUCAAACUUUUAAAUAUUUUUGAUUUACUAACUUUUCAUUAUUCUUAAUGCUAAAACAAAACAAAUUGAUGCCACCUUUGACAAGUAGUCGUGUUUACUAAUCCCUCUCUUCAGGUGCAUCGCAGCAAGUUUUUAAUUUUCAUUUUGUAGAUGUUUCCAAGGGAGUAAAUAGACUUUUCAUUUAGGAACUAAUUCCUGUACUUUAGGAAGAAAUAAAAUAUAUAAAUAGCACUAAAAAUACCUCAAAUUUUUCACUAGAUAGAAACAUUUAUUGGCAUUAUUGACAUCAACAGGUUUAAUUAUAAACUUCCUUUUCUCUCCUGUGGCUUGUGCUCAGAACUGUUCAUUGUUCUGUGGCUAAUGAGACAAGGCAUCAUAACCAUCUUCCUAGAGGCUUUAUUUCCGAGGUAGAAAUCCUUCAUUUACAGCUUCUACAGAAAGCAUUCAGAUCUUUUAUUUUAACCAGAGAUUCUAAUGACAACAGACAACUGAACAAGCAGAUAGAUUUGGGUUCCUUAGACCUGUUAUUGUCAGUCUCUGAGGGAAGAGACUUUGACAUUAUCUGGUAUGAAGAAAUCCAAAAUAGUGUAUAAGACUGUUAUUAGUCUUUUUUUGAAGUGCCUGAUAACAUUUAUGGGCCAACGGAUGUGAUUGAACACAUUUUAAUGCCAGAAAGUACAGAUGGGACCAAACCAGAACAUGGAAUUCAAAUCCACUGAGGUUUGAAACCAGAUCUAAAUCCAGCUUUUUUUGGCUUGGACCUAUCUCUACCCAAAACUUGUUUUAUGAACUCACUGUAAAAGGGUUUAUUGAAAGCAUUGAGAGGUGGAGCAGGAGGAGAGAUGUACUUUUUUUCAAGAUGACUGAAAGUUCUCAUACAGCUGAUGUUUUAGAAAUAGUGCAAAUAUCAAGAAGUGCUUCCUUGCUACAAUGCUGAAUGUUGGAGCUUCAGUUACAAAUAAAUAAAAAAAUUAACAAAAAAUAUGAAAAAAAAAAAAAAAGAAACUAGAAGCAAGCAAGUAAUUUAGCUGAGUUUGUGGAACAUGUGGGAAGGCCUUCCGGAUAAUCGAUUUACUCAGCCAAACAUUUUAUAGCAGAACUAUUCCUUGGAAUUUUUAUGCUUGGGAAAGUAGUUGUUAAACAUUCCAAAAAGUGCUGGCACUUAGAAAACAACAACAAAAAAUAAAAUCGACAAGGCAGUAUAUAAUAUCGGUUUUGGGUGGCUAUCUUCAUAAGCAUUGUCAUGUUUUGGAAUGUUCUUUAUCUCUAAGGGCCUGUUAGAAGGUGUAAAGAAUUUUGUUUUCUUCAAUACCUAAUCGUUUUCCAUCUUAUGAUUUGUGUGUGUGUGUUGUACAGCAGUAUAAUUUUUCACUUAUUUAUUCCAUCGGUAGUUAUGGUUUGUACAAUGUACAAUGGUUUCAUUUCAAAAUAAAAUAAAAAAUCACAACAUGAA